AUGGAGCUGCUUUGUUCGUAUGUGCUCUUGUACCUUUGUCACGUUCAGUUUACCAGUACAUCUGAUCCGACUGCGAAAAAAAGGAUUGGAAGUUAUCUCAGUCAUAUCGCUUUCGGAACUCCAAAUGUCGUUAUUCCUCCAAUAAUCCAAGAUAAACCAUUGCAUAUUCUCCCUGGACAGGAUUCCUUUUCAUUAAUCGGUAGGUCUGUUCUUAUAGAAGUCUGUCCGAUGAGAAUUAACGCAUUACUCAAUGAUACACUUACUUUUCCUUUAUUUUUUUCCUUUUUUAAACCGUGGUGAACUACUUACACUUUUAAAGAGCAUGCAACUAGUGUAAUUUUUAUUGAGAAGGUUUUUUGAUCUAAGUGCACCUAAAUGCACAUUUAAGUUUCUUUUUUUAUUCAAGAAUACUUCGCUAAAAGGUAGUUUGAAUUUCUCCUUCGUAUUAAUGUUUCUUUAGUCUCUGUUUAUCAAAUAAACAUAAGUUAUAUAUCUCGCGCUCUGAUACUCUCUCUUGUUAAAGGCCUUCCUCCACUCGACAACGAAUUGCGGAAGGGAUCUGAAAAGUCACCGCUUACGUUCUGGCAGUCUGCUUUCUGUCAAAAAUACCCACAGGUACUUUGGUCACUUUUUAAUAACCUUGUCCUUGAAACCGCGUUAGUUUGGGUAAAGGAAUUUUCCAUCAGUUUUAUUUCGCAUAUCAGUGUAAUUCCGGUAAGCCCGUAUGUUUUUUUUCAUGUUCGAAAAUCAGUAGGACUAUCGUCCUGUCAUUCGAUUUAUAUGAGUUGUUUCCCAAAAAAUGCCGAAUCGUACUUAAAGAAUCUAUACGAUUUCGAUAAUAGGGACCCUUUACAUAUCAAAUCCCAAGGUUUUGGACGGUUCUUAGUUAAUCAUUUACUUUGCUUGGAAAAUGCAAUGUGAAAGUUAAAGUUCGUUAGCUAGAAUAUAAAAGUUUUCAUGUUCUAGCUAACGAAAUUUAACUUCCGCAUUGCAACUGUUACUGAAAACCUAAAAACCAAGGUUUUUAGGUUUUCAGUAACAUUUGCAUUUGAGGCCACUGAAAGACCGUCAAAUGCAUACUCUUAACUCACGAGUGCAACAACUGUCCUCAUGCAAAGGUUUAUUUCAGUUUCAGUUUAACUGCGAGUCCGUACUACUUAUAAGUCUUGCACUACUCUGGUCAGUUUGCUUAUACAAUCAGCAAAACGUAUACAAAAAUGAGUGACUUAGUUUCUAAACGCACAUUGUUUUUAGCAAGCACAAGUAAUGUUCGUGAAGUCUAGCUUUUUAGGAGUGUAUUAAAUGCCUGAAAUUUUUGAAUUUGGGGUGGCAUAAUCGUACCCCUCGAGAAGGAGCUGAUGACUGAGAAAGGUGUAGCACUUCUGGGCCUACGAGUGAUUUUUUUACAUGCACAUCUGUUUAAUUACUUGAAUUUAAGGACAAAAAUGUUAAUUCUGUAUUUAAAUGACCUGCAUUUUCUUGUCUAGGUUACACUGCAAACUCCAAACGAAUCUGGUUUUAAUGCUAAAUAUGACCCGGCACUAAGUAAACAGUUUGCUGAGCCACAGGUGGACAACGUUCGGCAAGCGAAGGACGAAGAAUUAGAGCGCUAUCGACGGCAGUCCGAGAGAAGUAUGCGAGAGCAACUCAAACAGGCGGCAGCAGAUGGUCUUAUUUUUGUAUGA